AUGGAGAUCGGACCGGAGACGGCUGCGGCGCCGGUGCCGGGGAUGGCGGAGCUUUCCUCCGCGGCGCCGUCGGAAACCACGACGUCGUCGAUCGGUUCUCUGCAGGGUGAAAACAGCAGCGGGGGCAAAGAUAGCGUUAAGAACAGCGGUGAUGGCGGCGGAGCCGCCAGGUACAAUCCGAUGGAUGAUGACGAAGAGGGCGAUGUAUGCCGGAUCUGCAGAAACCCUGGCGAAGCGGAUAAUCCGCUGCGCUAUCCAUGUGCGUGCAGCGGCAGCAUCAAGUUCGUUCACCAGGAUUGCCUCCUCCAGUGGCUUAAUCACAGCAACGCCCGCCAAUGCGAGGUCUGCAAGCAUCCGUUUUCAUUUUCUCCGGUUUAUGCUGAUAAUGCCCCUAUAAGACUUCCUUUCCAAGAAUUUAUUGUUGGGAUGGCUAUGAAAGCCUGCCACGUGCUGCAAUUUUUUGUACGCCUCAGUUUCGUUCUCUCAGUUUGGCUUCUCAUUAUUCCAUUCAUCACAUUCUGGAUAUGGCGCCUGGCGUUUGUUAGAAGUUUCGGAGAAGCUCAGAGGUUGUUCAUGAGUCACCUGUCUACAACAGUCAUUCUUACCGACUGUCUGCAUGGAUUUCUCCUCUCCGCUAGCAUUGUGUUUAUAUUUCUUGGCGCAACUUCCUUGAGAGAUUACUUUAGACAUUUACGUGAGCUUGGUGGACAAGAUGCCGACAGAGAAGAUGAAGGAGAUAGAAAUGGAGCUCGCAAUGCAAGAAGACAGGCGGCUCAAGCUAAUAGAAAUGUUGCCGUGGAUGGGAAUGGGGAAGAUGGUGGUGGAGCACAAGGAAUUGCUGGUGCUGGUCAAAUAAUCAGGCGUAAUGCAGAAAAUGUUGCCGCUCGUUGGGAGAUGCAGGCAGCCCGCCUUGAGGCUCAGGUUGAACAGAUGUUUGAUGGUCUAGAUGAUGCUGAUGGUGCAGAGGAUGUGCCUUUUGAUGAGCUGGUUGGCAUGCAGGGACCAGUGUUUCAUCUAGUUGAAAAUGCAUUCACGGUUCUUGCUAGCAAUAUGAUUUUCCUGGGAGUUGUAAUCUUCGUUCCAUUCUCGUUAGGACGUGUCAUACUGUAUUACCUCUCAUGGAUUCUUUCCUCCGCCACCAAUCCUGUGCUAUCCACAGUUGUCCCUCUCACCGAGUCGGCACUUUCUCUGGCCAACAUUACACUGAAGAGCGCAUUGACUGCAGUUGUAAAUCUGACUUCUGAUAGUAAUCAGGAGAACAGUUUGCUAGGCCAAGUCACUGAGAUUCUGAAAGCAAAUGCAACUGAGCAGACUGAAGCCUCAAACAACAUAACCUCUGCAAUUGCAGCUGACCUCUUGAAAGCCCAGUCAGUUGGGGCUUCCCGUCUUUCUGAUGUCACUACUCUUGCUGUUGGCUAUAUGUUUAUAUUUUCAUUCGUUAUAUUCUAUCUUGGUAUAAUUACUUUAAUCCGGUACUCGAGAGGAGAGCCCUUAACUAUGGGGAGAUUCUAUGGCAUUGCCUCCUUAGCUGAAACCAUCCCGUCCCUCUUCAGGCAGUUUGUGGCGGCAAUGAGACAUUUGAUGACCAUGAUCAAAGUUGCGUUCCUUCUAGUUAUUGAACUUGGAGUCUUUCCUCUCAUGUGCGGGUGGUGGCUUGAUGUCUGUACAAUUAGGAUGUUUGGAAAGUCUAUAUCUCAGAGGGUUGAGUUCUUCUCUGUCUCGCCCCUGGCGAGCUCUCUAGUUCAUUGGGUUGUGGGAAUCGUUUACAUGCUGCAGAUCAGCAUCUUUGUCAGCCUUCUUCGAGGGGUUUUGCGCAAUGGAGUACUCUACUUCCUUCGAGAUCCUGCUGACCCUAAUUACAACCCAUUCCGGGAUCUGAUUGAUGAUCCUGUGCACAAGCAUGCCCGUAGAGUUUUGCUUUCAGUUGCUGUAUAUGGGAGCUUGAUUGUGAUGCUGGUGUUUUUGCCAGUUAAACUUGCAAUGAGGAUGGUCCCUUCCAUUUUCCCUCUGGAUAUCUCGGUGUCUGACCCUUUUACUGAGAUUCCUGCGGACAUGCUUCUUUUUCAAAUAUGCAUUCCAUUUGCUGUUGAGCACUUCAAGUUACGACACACUCUCAAAUCUCUCCUCCGGUAUUGGUUCACAGCCGUUGGCUGGGCGCUCGGUUUAACGGAAUUUUUACUCCCGAGGCCAGAUGAUAAUGGUGGAAAUGAUAACGGCAAUGGGGAUAUGGGGAGACAUGACAGGGUUCAGGUGCAGGCAGAUGACCAUGAACAUAUGCGAGUCCUUGAAGACGUUAGACGUGUGGUGGGAAAUCUGAAUGCCGCAGACGAGGUUGAUGCUGAUGAACCUGCUGAUCCAGACCGGUGGGCCUUUGUACUUCGCAUCGUGCUAUUGUUGGUGGUUGCUUGGAUGACUCUUCUUGUGUUCAAUUCCACAUUGAUAAUUGUACCAGUCUCACUUGGGCGCUUGCUCUUUAAUGCCCUCCCACUUCUGCCGAUGACUCACGGAAUCAAGUGCAACGAUUUAUAUGCUUUUGUCAUUGGAAGCUAUGUGAUUUGGACUGGUUUGGCUGGAGCAAGAUACUGCCUUGACCUCAUCAGGACAAGGAGAACUAGGCUGUUACUUAACCAGAUAUGGAAAUGGUGUGGCAUUAUUUUCAAGAGCUUUGCGCUGCUGUCAAUAUGGAUUUUUGUCAUCCCAGUAUUGAUCGGGCUGCUGUUUGAACUCCUCGUAAUUGUGCCUAUGAGGGUCCCAGUGGAUGAAAGCCCGGUUUUCCUUCUGUACCAGGAUUGGGCUCUCGGACUCAUCUUCCUAAAGAUCUGGACUAGGAUGGUCAUGCUGGACCACAUGAUGCCCUUGGUAGACGACAGCUGGCGUGUGAAAUUCGAGAGGGUGAGGGAGCACGGUUUCUCGAGGCUUCAGGGCCUUUGGGUCCUGCGUGAGAUUGUGGUCCCCAUAAUCAUGAAGCUUCUCACUGCACUUUGCGUGCCUUACGUUUUAUCGAGAGGGGUCUUCCCGAUACUCGGGUACCCGCUUGUGGUCAACUCGGCCGUGUACCGGUUCGCCUGGUUGGGUUGCCUCGUGUUCAGUGUGCUCUACUUUUGCGUCAAACGGUUUCACGUCUGGUUCACAAACCUCCACAACUCGAUUCGAGAUGAUCGCUACUUGAUUGGGCGAAGGCUCCAUAACUUUGACGAGCAUUCCGUGAGGCAUGAUAUUCCGCAAGGUAAUGAUGCUCCUGUGAGGCGGAGACGUAGGUACGUGGCGGCGCAGCAUGAUUCGGAUGAUGAUGAUGAAUAG